AUGACUGACUCACACGAGGAGCCCUCAUGCGUUCGCCCUCGCCUUCGCGUUAGGGACGGUCUUAAGAAGCGCCGCCAUUCCUCCUAUGUCCCUCAGUCCUGGUCAGCCGAUACCGACGACGUUCAGUUACUGGUCGACAGGUUCCUCAAAGAACUAGGCCAACGCCUGGAAUUCCUAGACUCCUAUGGCCACCUCAAAUUCGACUCUGGAAUUGAUCGCGCAUACAGCACUCUCCACGCUGUCCACGAGUCUUGUAGUUGUGUGUCGGACGAGGUCAUCGAUGCAGGAAGACGUCGCGCCAAGAUCAUCGUCAACCUGCUGGAUGAGCGAUAUCGGGAUGCAUUGGCAAAGAAAGAGACGCUGGAACACAAAGUCCGCGAGGGCGUUCGCUUGAUGGAGAAGAUUCUGGUUGACUUUGAGACUCGCGCUUAUGCCAUGCGUGAUGCUGGAUUGGGCGCAGUCGCCUCGGAUCUCAUGGACUCUGGCCGAAGGAAGAUGGACGAAGGUAUGCAAGUCGCUACUGAACUUGUGGAUGAGGGUAUCGACAAGGCUCGCCGCGCAAAGGAGGCUGUCAAGGAUGCUGUCAAGGCCAAGAUCGACGAGGCCGUCAAACGCGCAAAAGAGCAAGGCCUCAUUACCUAUCACGACCUGCCGGACCCGUGGAGAAUCAACCCGCAUAUCACUCGUGGCUACCGCUUCUGCGAGACCAAGGUCGACUGUCUGCGCUCCUGUCUGUCUUUCUCCAACGAGACGGUCAACAUCUAUUCUCACUUCCUAGGUCUGCUGGUUGUUCUCUCCAUCGCCUUUUACUUCUACCCUACCUCGGCUCAUUUCUCCAUGUCAACAAAGUCGGACAUCUUCAUUGCUGCUGUCUUCUUCUUUGCUGCCUCAAAGUGUCUAGUCUGCAGUACUGUUUGGCACACCAUGAACUCCAUCUCCAACCAGACUCUGCUGGAGAGAUUUGCUUGCAUCGACUACACUGGAAUCUCUUUGUUGGUCGCCGCGUCCAUCAUGACUACAGAAUACACGGCCUUCUACUGUGAACCUGUCAGUCGUUGGAUCUACAUGUCUUUGACAGCUGCACUGGGUGUCGGAGGCGUCAUCCUGCCCUGGCAUCCAACCUUCAACCGUAACGAUCUCGCAUGGGCCCGCGUCGCCUUCUAUGUGACUCUUGCCGGUACUGGUGGCUUACCUGUGAUUCAGCUUGUCUACACUCGCGGUGCGAGCUGGGCAGCGUACUUCUACGCUCCCAUCUUCAAGAGCUUGUUUGUCUACUUCACUGGCGCACUGCUCUACGCUGCCAAGAUUCCCGAGCGCUUCGCUCCAGGCUUCUUCGACUACUUUGGUGGCAGCCACAACAUUUGGCAUUUCGCUGUGCUGGGCGGUAUCUUAUUCCACUACAGCGCUAUGCAAAGCUUCUUUGCAGACGCUUUCCGUCGCGCAGAGAAUCAGUGCACCAUUUACUAG